UGGAUCGAUUAAACUUUCAAAAUGGCGCUGGCUCGGUGCGCCCGAUGUCUCCGGUUUGAUCGGCUGUCAUCGGUUCUUACUGUGUCUACUGGGAGAUAUGCUUCCGGUGAUGUCAGCUUACCAGGUCCCUACCCGCAGACCCCCGAAGAGAGGGCUGCAGCAGCCAAGAAGUACGGCAUGAGAAUAGAGGACUACGAGCCCUACGCCGAUGACGGUUGGGGAUGGGGUGACUAUCCAAAGAUGAAGAAUCAGCAUGCCGAUGAUAGAGACCCGCAUGGGGACUGGGACUUCCCGGAGGACAGGAGAAACUGGGGUGAAGUGUUGCACAUAGAACAAGAUCUCUACGUUAGGCAGCGUCCAAAUGCAUAUAAGGAAAACAGAAAGGUCCCCAUGUUCAAGCAAGUCAUGAUACUCGGUGGGAUCCUCACAACAUUAGCAACCUUUGGUAUUCUUGGACAAAAAUACAAAUAUUUUCUACCUGUGGCCCCUAAGCAAUAUCCAUACAACAAUCUUUACAUUGAGAAGGGCGGAGAUCCAAGCGCCGUGCCAGACACACCCAAGCACUAUACCUUCCCUAGCUCAAGUUAAUGAGGAUCCAUCAGAUGCCUGCAUGAAGGCCUUCUGUUAGUUACAUCCUUAUUGCUAUCAGAGCCAGUACCCUUUUUCAUUAAAACCUACACUAUAUCAAAUUUUCAAUAACAGAUGCCUGAAUUACAAGCUAAAUAUGCAUCAAGCCAGCCAUUCAUAUUGUAAAUAGUAAAUUUGGUAUAUUUCAUGCAACAAGUUGGCACUUAUACUUUGACUCUAUCUCAGAUAUGGAGCAUGAAGCCUUUACACCAGGUAAUGUCAAUGAUACACUUUAAUACUGUUUCUUUU